UCCUCAACGAUAAGAGAAAAUCCGAAAUCCACUCACAUUGCCCAUUCAUUCCUCUCUUCGUUCUUCCCGUCCACAUCCUUCCUUUCUCUUUCUCUCUUUAAAAUCCUACUCAUUUUCACCUCUAUAUAGCUUUUCCUUCCAUCUGCUUCUCCUUUAGUCUAUACAAUUCUCCAAUACACAUCUCCCUCUCAAUACACUCCACUAGUAAUGGCCUCUGCUACGGCGCCCACUACCCUUUCCCUUCUCAAAACCGCUGCUUCUACCUCCUCCUCCUCCUCCUCCUCCUCCACCACCCGGGCCCGCGUCUCUCUUCUUCCUGUUUCCUCUGCCGGUUUGCGUGCUGCCAGUAUCGGCCGCCUUGGCUUUGCACCUGCUGACCCCCUUUUUUCUCACCAUGUGGCAUCAAAAAUCAGAUCAUUUGGGUUCGGUAAGGCGUCGAGGGCAGUGGUUUCCAUGGCAAAGAAGAGUGUAGGGGAUUUGACGGGAGCGGAUUUGAAAGGAAAGAGAGUUUUUGUGAGGGCUGAUUUGAAUGUGCCUUUGGAUGACAACCAGAACAUCACUGAUGACACUAGAAUUAGAGCUGCAAUCCCCACGAUUAAGCAUUUGAUUCAGAAUGGUGCUAAAGUCAUUCUUUCUACUCAUUUGGGACGACCAAAAGGUGUCACUCCAAAGUUUAGCUUGGCGCCUCUUGUGCCACGUCUAUCAGAGCUGCUUGGCAUUCAGGUUGUCAAGGCUGAUGAUAGCAUUGGCCCAGAAGUAGAGAAAUUGGUGGCUUCACUACCUGAAGGUGGCGUUCUGCUCCUUGAGAACGUAAGGUUUUACAAGGAAGAAGAAAAGAAUGAUCCUGAACAUGCUAAGAAACUUGCUUCUUUAGCUGAUCUCUAUGUGAAUGAUGCAUUUGGGACUGCACACAGAGCACAUGCUUCAACUGAGGGAGUCACAAAAUUCUUAAAGCCAUCUGUUGCUGGCUUCCUCUUACAGAAGGAGCUGGACUACCUUGUUGGGGCAGUUUCAAACCCAAAGAGGCCAUUCGCUGCCAUUGUGGGUGGUUCAAAGGUCUCAUCCAAGAUUGGAGUUAUUGAAUCACUCCUCGAGAAGGUCGAUGUCCUGCUUUUGGGAGGAGGAAUGAUUUUCACUUUUUACAAGGCACAAGGACUCUCAGUGGGCUCAUCCCUGGUUGAGGAGGAUAAGCUCAAUUUGGCAACAUCUCUUCUUGAGAAGGCAAAGGCAAAAGGAGUUUCUCUUUUAUUACCUUCUGAUGUUGUGAUUGCAGACAAGUUUGCUCCUGAUGCAAACAGUAAGGUUGUACCAGCAUCAGCCAUUCCUGAUGGAUGGAUGGGAUUGGAUAUUGGACCAGAAUCUGUUAAGACAUUCAGUGAAGCUUUGGAAACCACCAAGACCGUCAUCUGGAAUGGACCAAUGGGAGUGUUUGAAUUUGACAAGUUUGCAGUUGGGACAGAGGCUAUUGCAAAGAAGCUAGCAGAGCUCAGUGGCAAGGGAGUGACAACAAUUAUUGGAGGUGGAGAUUCUGUUGCAGCUGUAGAAAAAGUAGGAGUUGCUGAUGUUAUGAGCCACAUAUCAACUGGUGGUGGUGCCAGUUUGGAGUUGUUAGAAGGAAAAGAGCUUCCAGGUGUUCUUGCUCUUGAUGAAGCCACACCAGUUGCUGUGUAAGAUUAAUUUGAAUUUUCUUUUCCUCAUCCCAGUGUUUGUGUUUUAAUCGUGGCUUAUCAACGAGAGAAAGAGCUGUAGAAAGAUACGAGUUCGUGUUGUAAAUUUAGGUCACAUUUCUACCUUUCCUUUUGUUUUCUUCAUGCUAAAAUUGAGGAAGUACAAAAAGAGACAUCCGAAUUUUUAAUAAAUGGCUCAUUUUUAUCAGUU